AUGCGGCCAUUCCAGGCGUCAGUGAAAACGUUUCCUUGUGCCAUGCCCUGCCAUGCCAUGCCUGUAUGGCCAGAGUGGGCGCCAGAUGUGGCGGGGGCGCAAGAGGCGUGGCAGAGGCCCUCCCGUGCUGCCUCGGACGACGACCGGCUCUUCGAGGAGCGGCUGAGGGAAGUGCGACGGCAAGCAGAGGAGAAGAAGCGGGCAAAGGCGGUGCAAAGCACAGCAGCCAUCGACUACGACAACCCGCAGACAGAGCCGCUGGUGGAUACGGCUGAACUCACCAAGGACCUGCCCACCAAGAUUGGCAUUGGCAUUGCUGCCACGGUCUUUGCUGCCAUCUUCGCCUUUGGAGACAUUCUCCCCGCCCCGUCUCCCCCCAAGCAGCAGCAGGUGGUGGAUGCGAGUGGCAUUGCAGUGGGCAAAAUGACCGAUGCACAGAGGAAGCAGCGAGAGGACCAGCUGAAGGAGUUUGAGGGGCGGCUGGCGGCCACACCAGACAACAGGGAGGCGCUGGAGGGAGCUGCGGUGCUGUAUGCGGAGCUGGGGCAGUACGGGCAGGCGGCUCAACGCCUGGAGCAGCUCAGCCAGGCAUGCAGCAGUAAGGCGCUGGAGGGAGCUGCAGUGCUGUAUGCUGAGCUGGGGCAGUACGGGCAGGCAGCUCAGCGCCUGGAACAGCUCAGCCAGGCACGUGGUCAAAACAGAGACCCUGGAGUGCAGCGCCUUCUGGGGGAGGUGCGAUUUGAGCUGGGCGAGUAUGGCGCCAGUGCUGCUGCUUACAGGCGAGCAAUCAAGGCAGUGGACGAGCUGCUGGCAGCGCGACAGCGGGUGGCAGCAGCAGCAGCAGCAGCAGCAGUGGGAGGGGAGGAGGCGGCGGAGCAGGAGGGGGUAGCGGACGAGGUGCAGGUGGCGCUGCUUCUGGGGAAGGCGUAUGCGGCGUGGGGGCGGCCGGGGGAUGCGGCUGCGGUGUAUGAUGGACUCAUUGCCUCUCGCCCGGAUGACUUUCGAGGCUACCUGGCCAAGGUGUGUUUGUAUAAGAUGGCUUUUAGCAUGCUGCUGGGGAAGGCAUAUGCGGCAUGGGGACGGCCUGGGGAUGCUGCAGCAGUGUACGGCAGGCUCAUUGCCUCCCGCAAUGAUGACUUCAGGGGAUAUCUGGCCAAGGGCUUGUUCCUCAAGGAUAAUGGCAACCAAGCGGAGGCUGACAGAAUGUUUCUACAGGCGAGAUACCUGGCACCAGACCAAGUGAAGGUGCUGGUGGAUCGGCUCGCAAAAAGAUGA